GCGACAUGCUCCGCAACCACGCGAUCGUCAUCACGGACUCGCGCUACUGCAGUUGCGGAGGCUGCCUCAGCGACGACUGGUACAGUGGGUGCAUGGCGUGCGAGGCACUGUGCUGCAUCGAGGUGGAGUUUUGCGGCAAGUCGCUCUGCUACGUCUGCUGCACACUCCGCAACGACUCGCCCACCACGUACGUUGCGUCGCAGGCCCAGGUUUGCUGCAAUUUCGGCGUGGGCGCUAUCUCGUGCGACGAGGAACUGUCUCACAUCUUCGGCACGUGCGACAUAUUCUGCUAUCCUGGGGCCUUUUGGUUGUUGUCUUUGGGUUUCGACCCAAUCUUCCACCGUGCUGGGUUACGCGCGUGCGAGAAGGGCGACAUGUUCUAUACAACACGCGGUCCCAUCGGAGCGUCGUCACUUACCAUGCUGGCAUGGGCUGGCGUGCCAGGCAUCGAGCCGCAGGCCCAGGCGGGCUGCAGGGUUGGCGCGUCCACCAUCCCGUGCAGAGAAUUGCCAUGCUUGUUCGGCACGUGCGGCUUCAUCUGCUAUCCUAGAGACACUGUCAGGAGGCAUGGCCUGAACAAGCGCCAGUCCCGCGUACUCCGCAUGUCCCUAGUAGCGGCGCUAAUCGAUGUUUGGAUGGGCUGCACCCCAGGGGGCUGGACGGUCGGGCUGUUCUCGGGCUCCAACAAGGGAGCCGACAUGCCGGCCAAGCACCUGGCGGCUUCCCAGACGCAGCGGGCCGACUCGGCCACCAACCCCGAGGCCCGCGAGCUCACCCCCACCCACGGGUACAUCAAGACGCAUGGCGUGGCCAUCGGCGACAUUGGCAUCAAGACGAGGCACCCGCCAGAGUCGUACAACAGCCCGCCGCCCACCGACUCGAGAUUUUCGACCCCCAGUCCGCCGCAGACCCAGCUAGAGCUCAGCCCAGCGCCCCAGCGGACGCAGCCGAGCCCAGCAGCGUCCCAGCGGACGCAGCCGAGCCCAGCGCCCCAGCAGACGCAACGGAGCCCGCAGCAGCCGAGCCCAGCGCCCCAGCAGACGCAGCAGAGCCCGGCGCCCCAGCAGACGCAGCAGAGCCCGACGCAUCCCAGCCCCGACCCCGACAAGUAUCCAGACGCCUUGCCGCCGCCGUCCACGGACAGCCUGAUGAGGAUGGAGCGCAGAGCUUCGGAGGCGUGCAGCCCCGAGACGGUGAAGUCCGACGACGACGACGACACGCUGCACCAGAUGAUGACGAGGAGGAUGGCCCCGAAGCUCGACGAAGACGAGCACAUGCAGAUCGCAGCCGGGCGAUCGAUGCAGGACCUCAAGCGCGGCAAGAUCGACGACGACGACGACAGGUCCCUGCAGGAGGCGGUGGCGCGCUCAAAGGUGGUCAAGACGAAGCACGACCUCGACAUGGAGAUGGCGAUCGAGCGGUCCAAGGUCGACACGGUGUUCGAGGAGGGCGACCCGACCGCCGCCCCAUCGGAGACCAGGGGCGAGGGCGAGGACGAGACGAGCGAUGACGACUUCGACCCGAACGUCGAGCCGAAGCCGGGAAUCGUCAGCGCACCGUUCAUGUUCCAGUGGACUCGGUACCAUUCAAAACUUCGAAGGAGAAACGUUAUCAAGUUCCCGCUGUCCUGGAGGGAAUGGUACUGCAGAAAGGUGAAGACUGAACCAGCGGGAUAUUCACUCCAGGGCAUCUUCGACACGCCCGAGAAGGACCUGCACCCCGACUCGAGGGCGGCCGUGCAGCUCAUGAAGCAGAUGCAGGCCGAACAGCUCGACUACACCAGGAAAGACAUGAAAGUCUCCAGGAUCGACAAGGACAAGUUGCUAAAUCACAAGAGCCUGAUUCUAGAAACUCGGAAGGUGUGCACUCGAGUGAAUAAGUUGCUGGCGCAGGCAGCUUUCAGGUUCAAGACCGACUCGAGGCGCCCAGUCCCAGAGUUCGCCCGUGCGCGAGCGGAAGCUGGCAGCUCGAACUUGGUUGCGAAGUGGACGGAUCCCGAUCUGACCCGGGAGGUCCCUGGGACGAUGGCCGAGGGGGAGGACGAGGAGCGCGGCGCGCAGAAGAAGGGCAACUGCACGCUGUAUACGGGCUCCAGGGAUGACUUGCAGGUCAGGGCUGUGGUCGUCCACCACAGGGUGAAGGGCACGUGGUUGCAGAUAUUGCACGGCCGCAAGCAGCUGCUCGAGAUUCGCAACUACGAGGCGACGAAGGAGCAGGCUGCCAAAGACUUGGUCAUCGAGCUGGCCAUGGGCUACCAGUGGGGCGAGCUCGACAAGCCGGCGCUGGACGUGAAGAAGGCGGAAUUCUUGAUGGUUCACGGCAACGAGGCUUGCCGCAGAAAGUCAGCAGUGAAGCGGCCUUCCGCUGCAGCGGGCGCGGCUCGCAAGAGGCCCGCCGCGGCGGAGGGCCUGGCUGGCCACGGGGGCGCCGACGCCGACGAGAAGGAGAACGGCGACGAGGAGGCCGAGGAGGCCGCGGGCGAGGAGGCCGAGGAGGCCGCGGCCGAGGAGGCCGCGGGCGAGGAGGCCGAGGACGACGAGGAGGACGAGGGCCACGAGGACGCCGAGAGCUUCUACGCCGAGGAGGAUGAGGAGGCCCAGUCGCCGCUUGAAGACGUUCCUGUCGAGGGUGCUGCAGAGCCAGCUCCGCGCGACGUCGAGCCCGCGAAGAAGCGUAAGGUGACGGCUUCGAAGGGUGCAGACGAGGCUCCAGAGGGCGGCAGCUCAGCACCUCCAUCCUCGCCCAAGCCCAAGGCGGUCGCCACGGGGAAGGCGAAGAGCAGGGCCAAGGCCAAGACGGCUAAGCCCACGAAGCACAUGGAGGAGGGCGAGGGCAUGGCGAUCAUCGUUGAGGAGAAGCCCGAGCCCGAGAUGACCAUCGAGGAGAAGUUCAAGAUGCCCGAGGACGCGCCAGCCCCGAGCAAGCAGGGCGGCAAGUCGACCAACCCGUUCCACUCCAACUCCAUGGGCGACGCCCUGCUGCCCAACGCUGAGAACAACAAGGAGACGAACGAGAUUGCGAUCACUGAUUUCCUCCUGAAGGUGUUCAGGUCGCCGCAGCUCUCUCAACUUGUGCAGGCCAGGCAUAACACUACAGCUGAUCAAUUGACUGCCCAGCUCGAGGAAGAUAUAGAGGCCGAUGGUCAUCUCACCAAGCCUUCCAGAUGGGGCCUCGGGAUGAAAGACAAAGGAGAACCAUCGGCUGGCCCCAGCAAAAAAAUCAACGGCAAAACUAUUGAUGAAGAAUUACAGUUCUGGCAAGAUGUAGCACAUGGUCAAUUUCAUGUGCCCACCGACCCGCGUCAGAGCGCUGUGGCGGGUCGGCGGGAUAGGGCUACUCGUUCCGAUCCAGACCUCAAAGCCCGCUACGAUUCGAUCACUGGCGAGAAAGUUCAGUCGAGGAAGAACCAGUUCCGCAGGGUCUGGGCGGAGGGCGAGUACGAUAAGGUCAAGUGGGCAGUGAACGACGGCGCGAGAGAGUCCUCUCGGGCUGAGGGCUACAACAAGCACUUCGUCGAGGCCUGGUCCACCUUCUCCGAGUGGUCGAACGACGAGCAGCGCUUGAGGGAGAAGGCGCCUCCAGAGAAGGCGCCGAGGCAGCCGAGGCAGCCCAGGUCUGCAGAUCAGGUCCUGAUGAAGUCAGCGAAGGAGAAUUUUGACAAGCUGAUGAAGCUUACGGGGAGGGCUGAUACCACAGAGCAGAUGGUGAAGGACAACCUCGACCACUGGGGAUGGGCUGCUGAGGACGGCGACUUCAAGGAACUCCAGCAGCAGGUCAACGUGCUCAACGAGAAGAAGCUCAGCAAGACCCUGGCCCUCGCGACGCGCCUGCAGGACAUCGCGAAAGUGAAGAAGGAGUUGGAGGCCACUGACUUCCAGGACUUGCUCGUCACGCUGUCUGGCUUGUCCUCGUCCCUGAAGUCAGUGGAGAGCCUCUUGGAUGCGCUCGAGGACAUGCGCGCUCUGAAGACGAGGGGGCGCUUGGGCUUGUCGGGCGAGGCCAAGCCCAAGCCGAAGGGCAAGGGCAAGGGCCUCGUCGGCGUGUCCACCAUCGACGGUAGCCGAGGUGACGAGGCCGAUCUGGCGAUCCUUUGCACCACCCGCGCGAACUCCAUUGGGCAGUGGGGCUUCAUCGUCGACCA